AUGGGAGUUUCGCUUGAAAACACUCUUAUUCUUAAUGUUUGGGAGGUUCAAGCACAAUUGACUACUUUACAAACCCAAGACAGAAUUUCCUUGGUAAAUGACUCGAAAUAUGGAACAUCGUCAAAGUCCUUAGGUCGUCCUUCAAGAUUUCCGAAAUCAUUUUCCAUAUCUGGAAUUCAAAAAUGUUUCACGCCCAAGAAGACCUAUCUAUUUUUGAUAAUGGUUACAUGGAAUGACGAGUCGGAAGUGUUGGUUUACAAAUCGUUACAGUUUAGGGCUCUUCCAUGA